GAGAGAGAGAACGCAGCACACUGUAGCGCGAGACACAUCAUCAUUACAAAAGGCGCACGCACAAGAAACAGCCCCUUUGCGUUUUCUACACCUGUAUUGCGAUCUCCAUUUAUAAUAACCCGCGCGAGGGAAUAUAUCUUAGGAUCUCUGCGUACGCAGCUCAAACAGAGGCUUCACUGUUCAAGCGUGAUACCCUCUUCUUCCUCGGCAGGCAUAUGUAUUUGGCAUCGCCGUUUCUUCCAGUAAGCACCAAUGCAUGCAUGCAUGCAUCCGCCUCCCUGCGCUCUCAAAUAGAUGGUGCAAGUAAAGAUGUCCAAAUCUUCCGCAGACCCUCUGUCUGGUGUAGAAAGCGCUUCUCAGUCGCACUAUUUUCAGCUACCACGAAAGUUACCGAAGCGCAAAGGUCGUUUUAAACGCUCGGAUGGCAGCACCUCCUCUGACACCACCUCCAGCUUCAUCAAACGACAGGGUUCAGCCGAUUCGUACACGAGCAGACCUUCGGAUUCCGACCUGUCAGCGGAGGAGGACCGCGAGGCGUAUCGGCUUGAAGCCGAACGCCAGGCCCAGCUGCAGCUCGAGAGAGCUAAGUCCAAACCUGUAGCAUUCGCAGUGAAGACAAAUGUGAAUUAUUGCGGGGCUCUAGAUGAGGACUGCCCUGUUCAGGGUGCUGCCAUAAACUUUGAAGCCAAAGACUUUCUGCACAUUAAAGAGAAGUACAAUAAUGACUGGUGGAUUGGAAGGCUGGUGAAAGAGGGGGCAGACAUCAGCUUCAUUCCCAGCCCCCUCCGACUGGAGGCCAUGAGACUGAAACAGGAGCAGAAACAACAGAGAAAAUAUAGCAGUUUGUACCACGAAUGUUGCCAGUCUACUGAACACAUUCCUCCAUAUGAUGUGGUGCCGUCCAUGAGGCCUGUGGUUCUGGUUGGACCUUCACUGAAGGGCUACGAGGUGACAGAUAUGAUGCAGAAAGCCCUGUUUGACUUUCUCAAACAUCGCUUUGAUGGACGGAUUUCUAUAACCAGAGUGACCGCUGACCUUUCUUUGGCUAAGAGAUCGGUUCUCAACAAGAGACCCAUCAUGGAGAGGUCUAACACACGAACCAGUUUGGCGGAGGUACAGAGUGAGAUCGAGAGAAUAUUUGAGCUGGCCAAAACCCUUCAGCUGGUGGUUCUAGAUGCGGACACCAUUAACCAUCCAGCACAACUAGCUAAAACCUCAUUAGCUCCUAUUAUUGUGUACGUCAAAGUCACCUCUCCAAAGGUCCUACAGAGAUUGAUAAAGUCGAGGGGUAAAUCACAGAGCAAACACCUCAAUGUUCAGAUGAUGGCAGCAGAUAAACUGACUCAAUGUCCUCCUGAGAUGUUUGAUGUCAUUUUGGAUGAGAACCAGUUGGAGGACGCCUGUGAGCACCUCGCUGAAUAUCUGGAGGUCUACUGGCGUGCCACUCAUCUGCCCGGCACCACCCCUCUCAACCAAUUGGAGCAAAAUCUGAUGACCCCACCCUCAGCAAUCUCCAGUCUACAGAACCAGCAGCUGUCGCCUGCCGGGGGUGGAGGGGGAGUGGAGGAGGAGGAGCAGGGGGAGCAGGACAGCCUCAUGCCUUCCGACGAGGCCAGUGACUCUCGCUCCCUCCGCCAAGGCGGCUCUAGCUCCCUGCACCCCCCGGAGGAUGAGGAGGAAGAGGAGGAGGAGGAAGAUGAUUACGAACCCCAACACCACCCUCACCCGUACCGGGACGUGUACCCGCCCAAACAUAACCACCCUGGUGACAUCCACAGCGCUAACGGACACGAGUCACAGGACCGACUCUUGCAGCAGCGAGACUCGCAGGACGGACACAACCAACUAAACAACCGCCAGCGCAUGAGAGCCUGGCCAAGAGACAACUACUGAGCGCCUGUCUGGAGGAGAGGGUUGGGUCGUGAAUUGGGGUGAGGGGUGAUGGGAAUUGGUGAGGAACUGGAAAGGCACAGUGUGUGUGUGUUUGAGCGUGUUUGUGGAUGAAGCUGCCCAUGGUUGAUGAAAAGAUCCUGUUGUUUUCAAAGCUUAUGUGGUCGUUAUUGUUUGAGGCAUUGCACUACAUUUGCUUUUAAAAGACAGGGCAGCUUUUCUCCUUUAAGAUCACAUGCAUGUUCAUAUCGAAACCAUAUUUGAGCUUCCUCUGGAAACCCUAACCCCACGUGAGUCAAAAAUGACUUUAUUAUUUUACGUAUCAUACGCUCUCCCUGAACCUAAUGAGCACAGAAGGCAUUAUGGGAAAAGAAAAAGCACUUUUAUAGCAUGGGAUGUGAGUCACGAUUACAGAUAUUGUAGCAUUUUGUUGCAUCUUACUUUAAUGGCUUCUUUUUUGCUAGAGCUCUUGUAAAUGUGAAUAUCACUCACUUUUUUUGGUUCAAGCCCUCAGUCAUGGUGUUGCCUGAUUGGAGCCCAUAUGCACUUGUCUUAUUAUGAGUUGUUUAUUGGUUCUCUGGACAUCAUUCAGGCAACAGUCAUUUUCACGGUCACGUUCACAGAUGUAGCACACAUUGCCAUUUGCAAAGCACCAUGUAAAUGCGGUAUAUGUUGGAAAGGAAUUCAGGUUUACACUCUGCUGUCGUAUAGUGAAAUAUUAUUGGCACUAUAGUCUUGGUUUGCACAUGAGGUGAAUUCCAACUCCAGAAUGAAGAGCAGCAGUUGAUCUUCCUGCAUUUCUGUACUGCCUCAUAAAGCAAGAACCUAAUUAGGUCAGUGUCACUGAAAGUUGAUCUUUCUGGGAAAUGAGAAGGACUGAAAACUGAAGUUAUGUUUUCAUAUAGUAGAUCAGUGCCCAUAUAUUGGAUUUUUUUUAUAGAAGUAGAUGAAGCUCAUCAGUUUUGAUGUCCAUUUUGUGAUAGUCAUGUUGUUCCUCUGUGACCUAAACAAGUAGAAAGUUGGGCUAGGUUCAUAUAUUUUACACAUUUGCAAGUAAUUUAUUGGUUGAUCUUAUCAGAUACAGCAUAAGGAGAAAGCCCACUAAUAG